CAAUACGGUCAUUAAAUACAUAUUCUGAAAACUUUGGAUCUGCGUUUUAAUUCUUCAUACAAUAACUAGCCUCGCAGAUUAAUUAGCUUUAUUGAUUUAUUGAUUCGUUUUUAAAUUCGUGCCUCUCCGUUGCCACGCAACGCAGCCGUUGAUAAAUCGGGAGUUCUCGAGCUAAAUGGAAGAACCCCUCCAGCACGCGAGCGCGGCGGGAGCCGUCAAAACCGUCAUCGUGGGAGACGGAGGCAGCGGGAAAACAUCGCUGCUGAGCGUGUUCGUGGAGAGAGGCUUCCCUGAGGCUUACGUUCCGACGGUGUUUGACAGAUACACUGCAAGCAUCACAGUCGACAACAAACACACUGAGAUCAACCUGUGGGAUACAGCCGGCCAAGAGGACUACGAUAGGCUCCGCCCCCUCUCCUACACAGGAGCCAACGUGGUGCUGAUCUGCUAUGAUGUCACAAACCCCGGCAGCUUUGACAAUGUUCUCACCAAGUGGUCCCCAGAGGUCCGUCACUUCUGUAAGGGGGUCCCCGUCUUGCUCGUGGGGUGCAAGACAGACCUGCGGAAAGACAAGAUCCGACUCCGAAAACUGAGGGCCAACGGACUGGAGCCCAUCACCUACUCACAGGGCGAGCACAUGGCUCAGCAGAUCCGAGCCUCCAUGUAUCUGGAAUGCUCCGCGAGAUUCCAGGAGAACGUCGACGACAUCUUCAAGGAGGCGGUCGUCGCGGCAACGAGCUCGGCGAAGAAAAGGAAAAGCAAGCGGCAGAAGAAGCAGGGCUGCGUGGUGUCGUAGCGGGGCCGCCCCCCCUCCCCCCAACCCUGCUAGGACUACAGCUCCCAGCAUGCCUCUGCACCUGCAGCA